AUGCCGGCGGAAGUUGCGAACGCCGUCUGUGGGCCCCAGAUGCCGAGCAAGCAACGGCCAGCAUCGGGCGUGUCGCUGGCGAGCCUGAAUCCAUGUCCGCUCAGUGCCUGCUGUAACAAGUACGGCCAAUGCGGCAUCAACCAAGACUUCUGCACCGAAUUCAAGUCGGCAACUGGCGCCCCGGGUAUCUCAGCCCCGACCAGAACGGCUGCAUCUCCAACUGCGGCACCGACGUCGUCAUCGGCGAUGCCCCGGCCGAGUACAUCAGAAUUGGCUACUUCAAGAUAUAUUGAAUAG